CGCUUCCUCUCAAUCUGACAGGAUACUAGCGCGCAGGCGCAGCUGUUUUAGCCGCAAACUUUUUAUAUCCCGUCCUGUUGCUCUGGAGGUGAGAGAAUCCGGAUACAAGAUUCGCGAGCUGAGGUCUCUUCAGCACCUUCCUCCCUCAUGUACCCCGGAGCCAAACACAGCGUGUUCCUUGUCUCAUCAUAACCCCGCCCUUUAUCCGGGUAUCUCCAGUCUCCUAACCCAGAAUGGAGUCCCUUUCUUUCAAACUUGCGUCAAACUCCUCAUCCUUCUCCUACUGGAUCAGUGGUCCCCUUUUUAACCAGUCAAAUGACAGCCAGUCAACCUGUUUCAGCGGGCCUAUAGGGAGCACAGUGCUGCAGGGAGUGACGUUUGGAGGGAUCCCUACAGUGUUGGUGCUGGAUGUUGCUUGUUUUGUGUUUCUGCUGUUGGCAUUUGCCAGCAUACGGAAGUAUUUCUGGGAUUAUGGCAGGGUUGCCCUGGUGUAUGAUGCUGACAGCUCUCCGCACUCCCGGUACCGGAGACUCUCCUCAUCCUCCAGCAGCGAAGAACUUGAAAGGGACAAUGGUUUUUGCUACUGGAUGAUGUCUACUUUCCAAAUGAACGAUGAAGAUAUCUAUCACAGAUGUGGAGAAGAUGCCACUCACUACCUCUCUUUCCAGCGCCACAUAAUCUGCCUGCUUAUUAUCGCCAGCAUCCUCUCCGUGGGCAUCAUCCUCCCGGUGAACUUGACUGGAAAUUUACUUGACAAAGACCCCAUGAGCUUCGGGAGGACCACAAUUGCAAACCUUCAGCAUCAUGAUCGCCUCCUGUGGCUGCACACAGUGGUUGCAGUUGUAUAUCUGAUUCUCACAGUGGUUUUCAUGCGCCAUCACAUUUCUGCUAUUAAGUACAAGGAAGAAAAUAUGGUGAAGCAGACCCUUUUCAUCACUGGACUGCCCAAAAACGUAAAUAAAGAGACCAUAGACCUGCACUUUAGUGAGGCGUAUCCGAGCUGCCAAGUGGAAGAGGUUCACCUGUGCUAUGACGUUGCAGACCUGAUCCGUCUUUCCCGAGAGAGGAAAAAGGCAGAAAAAAAUUUGGCAUAUUUUACCAAUCUGCUUAACAAGACUGGGGAAAGAGUUUCAAUAAAUCCGAAGCCCUGCGGGCAGUUCUGUUGCUGUGUUGUCCGUGGAUGUGAAAAGGAGGAUGCUAUUGAGUACUACUCUAAAGUUAGAGAUAAAGUGAUGGACGAGUUUGCAAGAAAGCAGGAGGUGGUUCAUGAUGUUUCUUUGGGAAUUGCGUUUGUUACAUUUGCAGACAAAUCAAUGUCGACUUUCAUUCUGAAAGAUUUCAAUGCUGUAAAAUGUAGUGGAUACCGGUGCGCAAAUGAAACCCAGCCAUCGUCCUACAGCAAAAAGUUGGGCACAUCCAAGUGGAGUGUGACUUACGCCACCUACCCAGAAAAUAUAUGCUGGGGAAACCUCUCAUUACAGGGUGCAAAGUGGUGGGCCCGAUGUUUGGGCAUCAACUUUUGCCUCUUUAUUGUGCUCUUCUUUCUAACAACACCAGCCAUUAUUAUAUCUACCAUAGACAAAUUCAACGUCACCAAACCUAUCCAGGACCUAAAUAACCCUGUGAUCAGCCAGUUCUUCCCCACUCUCAUGCUGUGGUCAUUCUCCGCCCUGUUACCCACUAUUGUAUAUUACUCCACUAUAUUUGAGGCUCACUGGACAAAAUCUGCAGAGAACAGGAUCAUGAUGCAUAAAGUGUACAUCUUCCUCAUUUUCAUGGUUCUCAUCCUGCCAUCUCUGGGACUCACCAGUUUAGACUUCUUUUUCCGCUGGUUGUUUGACAGAGCACUGGAUCAGCAAGGUUCCGUCAGGCUGGAAUGUGUAUUCCUUCCUGAUCAAGGGGCCUUCUUUGUAAAUUAUGUGAUCGCUUCUGCUUUUAUCGGUAAUGGCAUGGAGCUAAUGCGCCUCCCGGGUCUCAUCUUGUACACCAUUCGCAUGAUCAUGGCCAAGUCUGCUGGAGAGAGGCGCAAUAUUAAACAGAACCAAGCCUUUGAGUAUGAAUUUGGAGCAAUGUACGCCUGGAUGCUCUGCGUGUUCACUGUUGUUAUGGCAUACAGUAUCACUUGCCCGAUCAUCGUACCCUUUGGGCUGAUCUACCUGCUGCUCAAACAUAUGGUGGAUAGACACAACCUUUACUAUGCCUACCUGCCCACCAAGCUGGAUAAGAAAAUUCACUUUUCUGCCGUGCGCCAGGCAUUGACGGCCCCCAUUCUUUGCCUAAUGUGGCUCUUCUUUUACUCCUUUUUGCGAAUGGGGUUUACGGCUCCAUCAACACUAUUCUCCCUAAUCAUUCUGCUCAUAACUAUUUUGAUCUGCCUGCUUUAUACCUGUUUUGGCUGCUUCAGGCACCUGAACCCAAUGAAUUAUAAGAUUGAAGAAAAAUCAGAAGGACAGGCAGAUACACCGGAGGAAGUGCAACCUCGAAAAGCUGCUAUGUAUGUCCCUUAUGUAUUGCUCUCCGCACCCUCGGAACAAACAAAGUUGGAUAGUCAAGAUCACCAGACGUACGGCACCCUGGAAGAGACCGAUGUAGCGUUUUACACCGAGGAGCAAACUGCACAGCUUGUAGAUUAUGAUGCCUCGUGAAGAAGGAGCCGUUGUAGGAAAGCAACACAAGGGGGAGACCUUGGAUCUUGUAUUUAGUGGCCAGCAUAGAAAAAGAAGGAAGAAAAGGGGAGAUAUUCUAUAUUCCGGAUACUAUGCAGCUGCCCCCUGAACAGCUGGCCCAGCUAUAAAGCGCACAUGUUGGAGGGCACAGGGGCGGGGGACAUGGUUUUUUUAGGAUUUCCGGAAUGAUUGUGCACAUUCUUCUGAUACUGAGCGGAGCCUUCCAUUCAAUGCAUUUUUUUUAUUAUUUGGGCACACAGAUGUCUCUGCUAAAAGGAGCUGCUUGUGUAUUCAGAGUCCUGUUACUAGAAGAGUCGCACUAUAGCCAAAAUUGUCCAGCAAGGAUUGUGCAUCUCCAAUAAGGACUGGGAUCCUGUGUGUGUGUGCAUCAAAUGAAGGAAUCCAAAGCAUUUCUGUGUUUAAUCCCCUCUGUGCUCCAUUUCACUGUAGUAUUUAUGGACCUUUUAAAGGGAAACUGUUAUUUCUACUAAAUCUGUAUUUAAAAAAACAAA